CCUUUUUUAGAGACUAGGUAAACUACCCGUGCAUAUAUUUUAUGUAACUUACCCUUCAAAUUAAGUAUUUUACCAUAUUUAUUAAUGUCACAGUAAUUCGAGUGACUUGUUUUAGUAAUUCGAGUGACCAAAAUUGAUAUUAAAAUUUCCUAAUGACUAAAAAGGAAGACUAAUCCACGGAGAGAACCAACCUUUCUUAUGUGAGUCAAUCUUAUUAGCACUUAGAAUCGUUAACAUUAUAUGCAGCUCUCAACUUAUAUACUAAAUCGCAUAAGUGUACCAUGACGGGUUAAUGUUAUUACGAUAAUGCUACACAGACUUCUAACAGUAGUCACAUGUGGAUGUGAUUGCACAAAUGUGUCGAUCGAUGUCCCGCACCGCAAGAUUACUGACAUUUUCAGCUUAAUAAUUAGUACCAGAAAAUAUAACAGUCUUUUAAACUCCUUAAUACAUGCAUUUAAGUCCCGAUGGCGAUGGCCGAUUAUGGGUUGAUCAAGUAGGCUGCUUCAUGAAGCUCAAACGCAUUGCGAAACUUCCAUGAAAGUGCAUGCAGACUCUCCAUCGUAUUUCUUGGUGUGUGUUGACGAACAACACUGACGACUAAUCUUCCUUCGUGUGUGGUCACAUGAUGAUCAUAUGGUUAAUAGCUGGCGAUAUAUAGAGUGAUAGCUUCCGUAGUUAUAUAAUUCUCUAUAAAUAAACAACUCAUCAUCAUCAUCAUCAUUAUCAAACAUAAAUAAAAGGCCUCAGUACGUAGUUUUGGUCUCUUGAUCUCCGAUGGCGCUGGAAACUGGCCGCCGACGUUGGUGGUUCCGAUUCUUCGUCGCGACCUUGUUCGCUGCGGCGGCGGUGGGGCGGUGUAGUUGUACUAAUAACACGACGGCGGUGAACGUAGGGGUGAUUCUGGACUUGAAGAGGACUGACUUCGCCGGGCAGGUGUGGCUGAGCUGCGUGGAAAUGGCGGUCUCGGAGUUCUACGCUUCCCACCCGAACUACACCACCCGCGUCGUCAUUACCGCCAGGGAUUCCCGCAGAGACGACGUCGUUCAAGCUGCUGCUUCCGCCCUGGAUUUGAUAAAGAACGUGCAGGUCCAAGCUAUCCUCGGCCCAGACACAUCGAUGCAGGCCAACUUCCUCAUCCCGAUGGGAGAAAAAGCCCACGUCCCCAUCGUCUCCUUCUCCGCAACAAGCCCAACCCUCGCUUCCAUCGGCAGCCCGUACUUCUUCCGCGCCGUACAAAACGCUUCCACCCAAGUCCACGCCGUCGCCGCCAUAGUCAAGGCCUUCGGCUGGCGGCAGGCCGUCCCAAUCUACGUCGACAACGCCUUCGGCCAAGGCAUCAUCCCUUCCUUAGUCGACUCCCUCCAAGCCGUCGACGCCCGCGUUCCUUACCGCAGCGCCAUUUCGCCGUCCGCCACCGACGACCAAAUCGGGCAAGAACUCUACAAGCUCAUGACCAUGCAGACUCGCGUCUUCAUAGUCCACGCGUCUCCCGAUCUCGGCCCCAGGCUAUUUGUCAAGGCCAAAGAGGUCGGGAUGAUGUCAGCAGGUUACGUGUGGAUCAUAACCGAUGGGCUCACCGUCUUCCUGCCUUCCUUUCACCCUUCAGUUCUCCGCUCCAUGCAAGGCGUGUUGGGAGUCAAACCGCACGUGCCACGAUCAAAGGCGGUCCGAAACUUCACGACACGUUGGAGGAGGAAGUUCCGGCGAGACCAUCCGGAGAUCCUCGAUGCCAACCUCAACAGCUAUGGUUUGCGGGCGUACGAUGCCACGUGGGCACUGGCAAUGGCGGUCGAGAAGGCUGGAGCCGCAACCUACUUCGGUUUUGAAAGCGAUCAGACGAAGAAUAUGAUCGGGGUGUCGAGAAACGGCCAGAAUCUGGCUAGCGCGCUCUUGGGAACGAGCUUCCCAGGUCUCUUCGGUGGGUUUGCGUUGGAGGCCGAUGGGCAGCUGAGAGCGUCGGCUUACGAGGUUGUGAACGUGAAUGGGAACGCAGAUAGAGUUGUUGGGUACUGGACACCAUCACCAGGUGGCGAGCUGACGACGACGAGCUCGUCAAAGGUGGCGAGCCAGCUGGGGACGGUGAUAUGGCCGGGGGAUCCGGGUGCGGUUCCUAAAGGGUUCGAGAUCCCGACGAGCGGGAAGAAGCUCAGGAUCGGAGUCCCCGUGAAACCCGGCUUCAGGGAGUUCGUCUCCGUGAGUACCGAUCCCGAGACCAACGAGACGACCGUGACCGGCUACUGCAUGGAUGUUUUCGAAGCCGUCGUCCAAACGCUGCCGUAUGCACUUCCCUUUGAGUACGUGCCUUUCGCCAAACCUAACGGGGAAAGCAACGGGAGUUACAACGACCUGGUUUAUCAGGUCUUCUUAGGAAACUUGGACGCGGUGGUCGGAGAUAUCACCAUCAUCGCCAACCGGUCCAAGUAUGUUGACUUCACGCUGCCGUACACGGAAUCGGGAGUGUCCAUGGUGGUGCCGGUGAGGCCAGACGGGAGCAAGAAUGCGUGGUCGUUCUUGAAGCCAUUGACGUGGGAUCUUUGGGUGACGACGUUUCUCUUCUUUCUGUUUAUCGGGUUCGUGGUGUGGGUUCUGGAGCACAGGAUCAGCAAGGACUUCAGAGGCCCGCCUUCACACCAAGCUGGGACUAGCCUCUGGUUCUCCUUCUCCACCAUGGCCUUCGCUCAACGACAAAACGUGGUGAGCAACCUGACAAGGACGGUGGUGAUGAUAUGGUGCUUCGUGGUGCUGAUCAUCAUUCAGAGUUACACCGCGAGUUUCACGAGCCUCCUGACGGUGCAACGGCUGCGGCCCACGGUGACGGACAUGAGCGAGCUAUUGAGAAAGGGGGAGCUUGUGGGAUACCAGGAAGGCACGUUUGUGGUCGGGCUAUUGAACAGUAUGGGAUUCAGCGCUGACAAGCUCGUGAGUUAUAAUAGCAUCGAGGGUUUUGACUCGCUUUUCAGGCAAGGGAGAAUCGUGGCUGCGUUGGAUGAAGUCCCCUACAUCAAGCUCAUCUUGGCCAAGCGCUGCUCCGAGUACAUGAUGAUCGACCCCACUUAUAAAACUGACGGCUUUGGCUUUGUCUUUCCUAAAGGCUCCCCAUUAGUUCCAGACAUUUCACGAGCCAUCCUCAACGUCACUGAAGGAGACAGCAUGACAAAAAUCGAAGAAACAUGGAUUGGCAAGAACAACAAGUGCCCGGAGUCCAGCACCUCACCUCCUGUAGGGAACCAGCUGGGGCUGAACAGCUUCUGGAGCCUGUUUCUGAUUGCCGGAGUGGCCGCAGUUUCAGCGCUCUGCAUUUUUUCUGUUAUGUUUGUUUACGAGCACAGGAAGCUUUUGUUUCCCUCAAAAGACGAUUUACAUUCGAACCCUUCAUUCUGGAGAAGGGUUCUGAAUCUGUUCAAGACUUUCGAUGAGAAAGACCUCAAAUUCCAUACUUUCAGGGACGACAGAGUUGGUAACGAGAUUAACCUUGCCGAUUUGAAUGUGAUGACGAGCCCUUCCACGUUUUCGGUGGAGACAACGGAGUUUCCUGCGGGAUCAUCCCAAAAACCAAAUACUCCGCCGCUAGAUUCUCCGUCGGAGUUGAACGAAAGCACAGAGCCUCGGGUAGGAGAGAUUAACAACAUGGAAUCACAUCCAAAUUCCAGUGCAGGAGGAGUUAUUGCUACUGCUGAUGGUGAAAUUAUUAAAAGUCGUGUGUUUUAGUUAUUGGUAUUUUUUUGGGUUUUUAAUUAAGGGAGUGGGAUUAGGAAGUGGAUUAGUUAAAGAGGGACUAUUUUAUUAAGGGUUAUAGGUAUAAUAUGCUUCUUUACUAUGUCGUUUUAUCAAACAUGCCACUCUAUUAUUUUUUACAUCAAACAUGCCCCUGUAGCUUACCGCCUACUGUGAUGCAGAUUGGGGUGGCUUUCAGAUGACUCAUUGUUUUACUACAGGUUACUACAUCACCCUCGGCGAUGCCCCGAUGUCCUGGCUCACUAAGAAGCAACAAGUUGUUGCUCAUUCUUCAGCUGAAGCAGAGUAUCGAGCCAUGAUCAGCAGUGUAAGUGAAUUGCUCUGGUUGAGGUGGAUUUUGCGCGAUCUUAGUGCUCCACAGGAUGGUCCCGCACCACUCUAAUGUGACAAUCAAGUUGCUCCCCACAUUGCAGCCAAUCUAGUCUUCCAUGAGCGCACUAAACAUGUGGAGAUGAAUUGCUAUUUUGUUCGUGAACGAUUUCAAUCCCAAGAUCCCGCUUAAAGUUAAUUACCUCCAAGCUCUAUCAUACGGGGGAGGAUUAGACGAGGGCGAUCCACAGCCUGAGCCGACCCAAUCCAAGUCGGAUACGGCCCAACUUAAUCAUCAGCAGCGGACACUUUCGUCCUUCGCCUGGAGUGUCUUUUCCUUGGAAACCCUAGAUGAUUGUAGUAGGGUUAUAUAUUGAAAGGCCAUUGGUCGUGGUCAAUUAAUCUAGUAAUAAUAACUACAGCGGGAGAGACUCUUCUCUCCCAUGGACUAGUCUCGUGCAAUGGGGAUACCACGUAAACACCUGUCUCUUUCGUUACCGCUCUUAACAAUAUUUCAUACUUAUUUAUCCUAUCGAAUACUCAUCAUAUCUUAUAACCAUGACACACUAACCAUCAACUUCUAAAGGCAAAAAAAAAAAAAAAUCGAAGUCUUACUUUGGUUAUUAUGUUAUGUACUUUCCAUUUAACAUUGGGAUGCAAAUUACCAAGUGUUAAUUGUAUCAAAGCCAUAAAAAGCGUCAAUUUUCUCUUAACAAUUGGCGAUCAUAGAGUGACGAAAGAUUUGACACCUAUGCGUAAAGCGUUUUUAAAAAUAUGUUAUCAGCAGCUUCGUUUUCUUUAUUAACGAAUAUUUUAUUUAAAGUACGUGGUCAACUGAAAAAUUGGUAUGAGAAAUCGCUAUUACAAUUUACAAAUGAAAAACAUUACUGCUACCCACAACAAUACUACAAUUGUUUAAAAAAAAUAAUGAUUAGAAUAAGAAUCAUCAUUGUUUGAAAAUAGGUACUACAAAACAAAAACUCAACAACAUAAUUCCAUAUUAUAAUAUGAAAUCACGAACAAGUUGGACACUUUGAUUUGUGCCGACUGCCGACUGCCGACCACGAAUUACAAUUUCCAAACAACACUUUUUCUUUAUACACUUAACUAUGUGCUUACCUGCCAGGAUAUCGUCUAUCGUUAGGCGCAGACCGAAGAAAGAAUCUCUCUUUAUUGGUGGCGGAUCCAGCAAUUUCAGUGUUCUCUCCUAAAAAUUUAAUUAAAUUAGUAAUUAAAUAGUUAUUAAAUAAGACAAUAUCUG